AUGAGACGCCCUCUCUCGGGUCUAUUAGCCCGUCGUUCCUGGGUCUGCCUCCAAUGCAGAGCUCACUCGACGUCUCCGAGCGUACGCGCCGGCAGCAAAAAGACCAAUCUCCCUAAUCUUCCCGCCCGAACUCGAUUUGCGCCGUCGCCAACCGGAUAUCUUCAUCUUGGGUCACUUCGCACCGCCCUGUUCAACUACCUGUUGGCCCGACGAACGGGCGGCCAGUUUUUGCUGCGCAUCGAGGACACGGACCAGAAACGGACGAUCCCCGAUGCUGAGCAGAGGCUCUACGAUGAUCUUCAAUGGGCUGGACUGCAGUGGGACGAAGGUCCAAGUAUCGGGGGUCCUUACGGCCCUUACAGACAGUCGGAACGGACGGCCCUCUAUCGCACCCACGCGCAUGACCUGAUCAACAACGGCCAUGCAUACCGAUGCUUCUGCUCGGGCGAUCGACUCGAUACUCUCGCACGACACCGCAGCCAGGCAGGCUUAGCCCCGGGGUACGACAGAACGUGCGCAGAUAUUUCCGCGGCGGAGUCCGAAGAGCGCGCAAGCAAGGGCGACACGCAUGUGGUUCGGUUGAAGGUGGAGGGAUACCCAAUGUUUGACGACCUAGUGUACGGCAAAACGGGGCAAAACCGAUCGCCUAACAAGUUGGAUCUGAUCGAUCGCGUGUACGACGACCCCAUCUUGCUCAAAUCCGACGGGCACCCGACUUACCACCUCGCCAACGUGGUGGACGACCACCACAUGAAGAUCACCCAUGUGAUCCGGGGAACGGAAUGGAUGCCCUCCACUCCGCUGCACGUCGCACUGUACAACGCGUUCCAAUGGACGCCUCCCCGCUUCGGCCAUGUUCCCCUGCUGGUCGACCAAUCCGGGCAAAAGCUCAGCAAGCGGAAUGCCGAUAUCGACCUGAGCUUCUUCAAAGACCGACAGGGCGUGUUCGCAGCUACUCUGGUGAACUUUGCCGCUCUCCUGGGCUGGUCUCACACCCAGAAGUCAGACGUCUUCAGUCUGGAAGAGCUAGAGCAGAUCUUCAACCUCAAGAUCACCCGAGGCAACACAGUAGUCGCCUUCGAGAAGCUCUGGUUCCUGCAAAAGGCGCACGCCCAGCGAUUCGCCGCAACGGGGGGUCCAGAAUUCGACGCGAUGGUCUCGAAAGUCUCCCAGGUGGUGUCCGACACUUACCCAGCGAAAGAGCUAGCACCCCUCCUCCAAUCCCGCUCUCUAAAUGAAUACAUCGCUCCCCUCCUCCGCGCCGACGCAAAAUCAUACACAACAGCCACCGACUUCAUCCCCCUCUCCACCCUCCACACAGCAGCCGCAGCCCUAAUGCUCGUCCCAGAACCCCACUGGACCAUCGAAACCCACAAAGCAAACAUCACCUCCUACGACGGCUCCUCCGCCCUCGAAGACCAAGACCACCUUCCCCAAUCACCCUCUCCUCCCACCACCCCAGAAGACGCAUCCAAAGCAAAGAAAUCCAUCGACAAAACCUUCAAAAAAGAACUCUACCACUACCUCCGCUGGGCCCUCUCAGCAGGCGCCGCGGGGCCAGGCAUCCCAGAGACGAUGGCCAUCCUGGGCCGCAAGGAGUCCCUGCGGAGGUUGCAGGAGGCGCGCGAUUUGACGCGCGAGGAUGGUGGUGAGCCUGCGAGGAGGGUGAAGAAGGAGGUGGAUGUUGGGUCUGCGGAGAGGGCUUUGGGUGGGGAUCGCGGGUGGAUGGGGUCGCUUGCUGGGGGAGUUUGA